AUGACUUUCAUCAGCCUGGUGUCAUUCAUCAGUGUGUCCAGCAGAGCUGCGGCCCUCAGGAGCCUCUCAGGGGCCCCUGCAGACGGACCUCCAGAGCUUGAGUUUCAGACCGUCACGCUAAUGCAGCUCACAGACGUCUGGUGUGCAGUCCUGUCUGUGUUUGUGCUUCACUGUCCUGCAAAACUGUGUUUGUGUCUGUCAGGUGUGUGUCAGAGUGCAGACAGCAGCUCACCGGAGGAGGACCAGCGAGUGGUUAAUGUAGUGUUCAUCGACCGCUCCGGACAGAGGAUUCCCGUCGAGGCGAGGGUCGGAGAUAACGCUCUUCACCUGGCGCACAAGCACGGCAUUGAACUGGAGGGCGCCUGUGAAGCGUCUCUGGCCUGCUCCACCUGCCACGUGUACGUCAGCAGCGAACACUAUGAGAAACUUCCAGAGCCUGAGGAACGGGAGGACGAUAUGCUGGACAUGGCUGCGAUGCUGCAGGAGAACUCUCGUCUGAGCUGCCAGAUCGUCCUGACGCCGGAGAUGGACGGCAUGGAGCUGACGCUGCCCAAGGUCACCAGGAACUUCUACGUGGACGGCCACGUGCCCAAACCGCACUGAGCCGCGUUCCAGAUCGCAAAGCACUGUGGGAUAUGACACUAACCCAGCCUCUUCCUCCGCGCGGCUCUCAGUGAGCGGGUUAUGAGCUGAAGAGCACUGAACUCUUGAGCUGAAUUCGGUCCUCAGGUAUUUCCUCAUGAAGGACUCCGGCGUGCCGCUUCAUUAUCCUUCACAUAACCACAACAUUAGAGAGAGUGUAGUUUUGGUUUAAAGGGUUAGUUCACCCAAAAAUGAAAGUUCUGUCAUUAAUCACUCGUUCCAAACCCGUAAGACCUUCGUCGAUCUUCAGAACACAGAUGAAGAUAUUUCUGAUAUAUAUACGACUCUCUGACCCUGCAGAGACGGACAGCAAGAGAACUGAAACGUUCCAGGCUCAGAAAGCAGUGAGGACAUCGUUAGAAUAGUCCAUGUGCUCAACCGUAAUGUGAUGAAGCUACGAGAAUACUUCUGUGCACAAAGAAAAGAAAAAUUCACUGAUUUCUUGUGUCAGUCUGCGCCGUGCGUUCACGAGAGUAUCACGACACAUGCGUGUGCUUUCCUCUGCUCAUAAACAAGCCGCAGCACAUGCGUGUUCUACGUCAGAACACCGGCUCCUGCGUCAGCAGCAUCACACGCAUGUGUCACGGUACUGUCAUGACUGACACGCAAGAGAAGAAAUCAGUGAAUAAAGUCAUUAUUUUUCUUUUCUUUGUGCACAGAAGUAUUCUCGUAGCUUCAUCACAUUACGGUUGAGCACAUGGACUAUUCUAACGAUGUCCUCACUGCUUUCUGAGCCUGGAACGUUUCAGUUCUCUUGCUGUCCGUCUCUGCAGGGUCAGAGAGUCGUAUAUAUAUCAGAAAUAUCUUCAUCUGUGUUCUGAAGGUGAACGAAGGUCUUACGGGUUUGGAACGAGUGAUUAAUGACAGAACUUUCAUUUUUGGGUGAACUAUCCCUUUAAAUGUACUGAAAACAUCAAAAUCCGAGAACUCUCCGUUUCUUUUCUUUGUAUGAAUAAAAAGAUUUUCUGCAUUGUUUUUAUGACAGUUAGGCACAUUUGCUUAUUGUUUCCCAUGACUGUAAUGCAGAUGUUGUUUCGUUCAUAGUUAUAUAAUUCACAUUAUCCUCCUCCUCGAUGACUUACUGUACUGCAGCAAACAUUACUGUAGUACAAUAUGUUACUGAUGGAAGUCAAAAUGAAAGAAUGUGCAACAAAUACUGCUAUGAUGCAUAAACGGGCUUGGUUUUCUUCAUACACUUAUUAUUGCUUUGUUGUUUUUGUGGUGAAGUAUGAGCUGGACAGGAUCUCACGGAAACAUUCCACUUCACAAAUAAUGUCAGGCUUUUAUUAAUGUUAAGGUGUUGAGAGUUAUGGACACGGCAGAAAGAUACCGCUACACAUCUGCUCUGAUGUAUGAUGGCUCUGUUCUUCAAUCCGUCCCUGAUCCAGCAGAUGUAGGCUCUCCAGACAUUCCUGUGUUUUACAGUGAGACACAGUCACUGCAGAUCAUUCAUUACUAACAAACACACAUUUCUCCUGUCUCUACUCCAAUUAUUCAGAAAUAUGUAGAAACCACAAAUCUGUGUGAGGUGUGUACAGUAUUAAAAAUGUCAUGUUUGAUUCUGACGUCUAAAAUAAACAGUCACGUGUCAUAA